UCUUUUGGAUGGAGCUUGAGUGUCUCCUUGGCUACCUUUAGGAAACGGAAGAUACAAAAACUGAGAUCUGAGUUUUGUAUUGGAAACUGUGUCUAGAGAAAAUCUUCUCGUGUUUAUUCAUUUUCUUGUUUUUUAAUUGGCAAUUAGUUAAUUAAUCAAUUAAAUAAUCAACCAUGGGUCGUAUGCACGCACCAGGAAAGGGUAUCUCCCAAUCAGCUUUACCUUACCGGCGAAGUGUUCCUUCGUGGUUUAAAUUGACUCCAGAGAAGGUCAUUGAUUCCAUCUGUAAACUCGCAAAGAAAGGUUGUUUACCAUCACAAAUCGGUGUUAUGCUCAGAGAUUGGGACGGUGUUGCUCAAGUCAAAUGGGUUACUGGUAAUAAGAUUUUGAGAAUCUUGAAAGCCAAAGGAUUGGCACCUCAAUUGCCUGAAGAUUUAUACCAUUUGAUUAAGAAAGCCGUUGCUAUCAGAAAACAUUUAGAACGAAACCGAAAGGAUAAGGAUGGUAAAUUCCGACUCAUUUUGGUUGAAAGUAGAAUUCACAGAUUAGCUCGUUAUUACAAGACUAAGAGAGUAUUGCCACCAACCUGGCGAUACGAAUCAUCUACAGCAUCUGCAUUGGUCGCUUAAAUUAAAUGUUACUUCAAGGAAAUGAAUAAAUUAUGAUUUCCGUUUAUAAAUCUUA